CGGAGGCUCGGUCAGCUGACAGGUUGUGGCGUCACCUCAGACGCCGUGUUGUCAAAAUGGCAGGACACCACCACCACUUCUCUCUGUGCUUCUGCGACUUGAUGAGGUUGCUGUGGUCCCUGGUGAUGCCCUGCGUCUACCUCAGCCUGGCCCUGACCCUGCUGCUGCUCCUGGUGCUGCUGGGGCUCCGCGCGUGGUUGCAGGGUCGCCGCAAGACCCGCCGCGCUCAGGACGGCGGCCCGGCUGUGGCUUUCUUCCACCCGUACUGCAACGCGGGAGGAGGCGGGGAGCGGGUGCUCUGGUGCUCCCUGAGGGCCCUGAUGAACCGAUACUCCAAUGUCUCCUUUGUGGUGUACACGGGGGACAAGGGAGUGACUGGUGAACAGGUCCUGGAGGGGGCGCGGCAGCGUUUCAACAUAACUCUACCCCGACCCGUCACCUUCAUCUUCCUGCGUCACCGUGACCUGGUGGAGGCCACUUCGUACCCUCACUUCACCCUGCUGGGACAGAGCCUGGGCUCCAUGUUCCUUGGGUGGGAAGCUCUCACAGCUUUUGUUCCUGACCUGUACGUCGACUCCAUGGGCUACGCCUUUACGCUUCCAAUCUUCCGCUACUUGGGAGGCUGCAAGGUGGCGAGCUACGUCCAUUAUCCCACCGUGAGCACGGACAUGUUGUCUGUGGUCAGAGAAAGGAACCCCAGGUUCAACAAUGCAGACUUCAUCUCCAGAAACCCGGUUCUGAGCGCCCUGAAGGUGCUGUACUACUGCCUCUUCGCUCUGCUGUACGGCCUGGCCGGCUCCUGCAGCGACGUCGUCAUGGUGAACUCCACCUGGACGCUGGGACACAUCCUGGCCCUGUGGCGCUGCCCCAGCCGCACCAGCGUGGUGUACCCGCCGUGCGACGUCAGGGCCUUCCUGGACGUCCCGCUGGAGGGGGAGGAGGACGAAGACGAGCUGGAGGAGGGCUGGGAGGAGCUGGGGGGUGACGAGGACGGGAGAGUGGGAGUAGACAGGAAGUGCCACUCCAUCGUGUCCGUGGGUCAGUUCAGGCCGGAGAAGGACCACCCGCUGCAAAUCAGAGCCUUUGCCAAGCUGCUGGACAGGAAGGGGGACGGGCCCGGGGGCCGGGAGGCGCUGCGGCUGGUGCUGAUUGGCGGCUGCAGGAACCAGGAAGACGAGGACCGGGUGCUGAGGCUGCGGGGGCUCUGUCAGGAGCUCGGCGUCUCCGACCGCGUCGACUUUAAGCUCAACGUUCCCUUCGACGAGCUGAAGAGGGAGCUGGUGAGCGCCACCAUCGGGCUGCACACCAUGUGGAACGAACACUUCGGCAUCGGAGUGGUGGAGUGCAUGGCCGCGGGAACCAUCGUCCUUGCCCACAAGUCAGGCGGCCCGAAGCUGGACAUCGUGGUGCCGCACGAGGGCAGGCAGACGGGCUUCCUGGCGGACAGCGAGGACAGCUACGCCGCGGCCAUGGAAACCAUCCUGGCCCUGACGCCUUCGGCUAAGCUGGAGAUAAAACGCGCAGCGCGGGAAUCCGUGGGGCGUUUCUCAGACCAGGAGUUCGAAGCUUGUUUCCUCGCCGCCACGGAGGCUCUGAUGAAUCAGAUGGUGCGGUGAGGACGAACGAAGCAGACCUGGUGUCCAACUGGGACUAGAGACGGCUGUCGGUACAGAAAGCUAGCAAGCUGGAAUUUGAAAACAGAAGAAGCUCAGGAGAGGAAGAAUGCACCAAGUGAUCUGAGUCACUUCCUUUCUGCUGUCUUUUUUGGAAAGCUUUUCCUACUUCACACUUUGUAACUUACACUAAUAUCACUAGGCGGUGAUCUUAUGUCUGUUUAAAACAAGCUAAGCUAACAGUUAAAGCGCAACACAGAUAAAAAUCUCCACUCUGUACAGACUGAGGAGAAGAAAACCUGAACAUUCCCAUCGACUGUUGUUGAUAUGUAAAAAUACCUUGUGGGUCGUAUGAAUGAAGCCGGGUUCCAGGUCCGUAUGUGGAUGUGUGUUUCCUGAACUGAUUAAAAAAUAGUCCAGGUUUCAGGAAACUCUCUGUAAUUGUAAAUUGAUAAAUGAUUAUGGUCAUAUUUAAAGAGGAUCAUCUUGAUAUUUGACUCAGAUAGAUGAAUGAAAGUUUUUGCGGUUGUUUAAUUGGUCAAUCGUCUGGUUCUCACACAUCCUCACUUCAGGAUGCAGGUCAAUCAGAUUGGUUUAUGCAACGAGGCGUUUAGUUUCCCCCUUUGCUUCCAGUGUUUCUGUUUUUACUAAGCUGGACUUAGAUUAGACUCACUGUCAACUAAUCUGGGGAGAAUUAUAGGAACUGCAAAACAGAUUUUUUUGAGUUUUGUUCUGGGUUAUACUGUCAAUGCUGACAUGACUUUGAAGAGAAUAAUUUUUUCUGACUUUUAAAGAAAAUGAAAUGGAUUAUUUAAAUAUGAUUUUUCUGUCAUUAGAGGUUAAGUUAAGAGGCUAGCUCUUUUUGCUGCUUUGUGUAAUCUCUAUAGUUAUAUUUAAUAUGAAGGUUUAGCUGAGGUGAUGGCCAAAUCUACCUUGUCUGAAUGUUGCUCUCCUCCUGGAUUCCUGUUUUUGAUGGGCAUGAUAAUAUAAUAAAAGGUGUAUUACAAACCCA